AUCAUUUAUCAUGGGAACAACAGUUGCUCUCAAGGCUUCAGUUUGAAAUUAGAAGCCGCAUCACCAACAAAAUAAUGGUACGUAGCUAUGUUUAUUACUUUGAAAUCACAGGGAUAAUCUCGUUAAAAGAUGACUACACCAUGAAAAUCCAACUUGUAAUGUAACCUUUUCUUCCAUCAAACUUAAGCAGAGAAAGAGUGAGAUGUAUUCUGAUGGCUUGCGGUUACUGCUGUUUCUUAGCAUCUGAAUACAGAAAAGUUAUUAAGGAACUCUCUCAGUGCAUUAUAAUGGUUCAGCCUGAAUGUGAAAAUAUACCCGAGAGGGGAAAGCGGGGAGGGAUCUUCACCUUCACAAGUUAUCCAACCCACUCCAGCUACUGAUGGCACUUAGGUAGAUCAAUGUAAAUGACAAACAGAGCGCUUACUUGAGCAGCAGGUGCAAAAAUAAAAUAAGAUACACCUGUUGCGUUAAAUGAGACUCACAUAUUCCAAGGGAGGGGUGGUGCUGCUGAUGUUGUGUGCAGGCCUAGAAAUACUGUAUGGGAUUUCUGAAAGAGGAGAUGCAAGGUGGAUGGGUGGAUAUUGUUUUUUUGGGGGGGAGGCUAAGCCGAGCUAAGUCUUAGUCCAAAUAUGAUGCCCAAGUAACUAAGGACCCACCCUAGCAUGGGCCAGGAAGCAGAGAAAGGUGCCCCAAAACGUCCUCAAAACAAUUCAGGGCCAUUUCGCUCCUGCAGACAUUCCUACAAGGAAAGGUGCACGCAGGUAAAGUGCCCUUGCAUGCGAAGCACAGGCUGCAGGGUCUUCAAUAAUAAUAAUAAUAAUAAUAAUAAUAAUAAUAGCCGCCUCACGUGGGAUGAAAACACGAGGCGAGGCGAUCAAGGCGGCAGUCGGGGAAGAAGAAGCGCCUUCCUUUCCCAGCUGCCGACCCUCCUUCCCCGCCGCCGCCGCCGCGCUGGCUUCUUCUUCCCCGCCGCCGGCUUUCCCCCGGCGGGCGCGGGGCUCGCUCUGCCUUCCCCGCCGCAUACCUGGCGCUCCCUCUUGGCCGAGGGCUCCUCCUUCACCUGGGUCACGAACAGGCAGGCCACCUUCUGCUGCACCGAGCCCAGGCGGCUCAUGGCGGUCCCUCCGGCCUCGGAGCAGGCGCCGGCCCGCCCGCGCGCGACGCCGGUGAUUAGCAGCAGCAGCAGCAGCAGGCCUAGAGGCUGCCUCCCCCCGGCGGCGGCGACCGGAGCAGCAGGCGUAGCUAGGCCCGGCUGAAAGGGGUGCCGGGAAAUGUAGUCCGGGAGGGAAGCGGAGGGAAGUUGAGGGACUCGUUCUCGCGUGACGUCAGCGCAGAGGGGCGGGUGGGGCCGCUCGCUCGUCCCUAAUAAAGAGAGCGCAGCUUUUGCAUAUGCCAGACUUGAAGAGUAAGAAAUGAUUGUGCUUGGAAUUAAGACAGUACAUCUCCCCCUAGCGGGGAAAAGUAUGAGCAAAGUGACCCGCAUGGCUUUCCAGUCAGCAAGAAGCACCCAGGUGCUCCCUGUUGAUGGCCAGCUUUUCCCACUUGGUUUGUUAGUAUUUAUACUCCGCCUUUCACCCCCGGCGGGACUCAAGGCGGAUGGCAGUGAAAAAGAGGAACCGCUCAAAAGAAAGAAAGAAGCCAAGUUGAUAGAAUUAAAGCUGUACACAUAUAUACUUUAAAAAUGGAUUUGGACAACUCCAGCAAUGCGUUCAGAUAGAGGACUGUCCUUGAACAAUGUUUCAAAUGGAGCGCAGUCUUUUGAGGGCACUGGCAACACACACGUUUUAGAUAUUUAUAUAUUGCUUAAUUACUAAAGUGGUGUGUGGUUAUUCAGGAAGGAAAUACCGUUUAAAAUAUACAUCUCCAGAGUUUAUACCAUUUUACAGGCUAAAUCUGUGCACUCGCUGGAUGUUUAUCCCUGCAGCUGCUGGUUGGUAAUGUAGUUACAUCUAAAUGGGCAAUUUAGUUCAUUUUCUAUAGCAUGUGUCCAGCGGUUAGCUUCCGUAACUCUGAAAAAGUUUCUGUGUUUCAUAGACAAGUCUUCAGGUGAUUUCCCUUUGUGUGGGGAAAUGAUGGCUAGUCUUUAAAAUCAAAUGUAAGGGUUGUAGAGAAAUGUAUGUUCACAAGUUACUAUUACAAAUAUUCUAUUAGAUAUGUAGCUUGUUCAGCAGAAGUGUUUUGCUUCUCUAUUAUUAUACUAUGAGCUGUCAUAAAAACAAGCGUGCCCUUUCUCCAUGUCAAGCAAUAGACUGAAUUAGAUCAAUGUUACUUUUGGCUACAAUUACAUGCAGAUUAAGUGGGAGGUAGCCCCACUGCAAACAAUGGAACUUCCUUCUGACUGUGGAAUUCUAGGGUUUCAGUGUUAUUAAACACAUGGAGAACUGAUACUAGCCACAUAUAUUAAUAUAUUUUAAAAUAAUACCAAAUCAGCUUGUUUCUUCAUUCAGAUUACUUAUUCAUGGUUUCAUUUAUGGAAGGAACACCAGUUGCCACUGAACUACAAGAGCCAUUAGGGUAAACAUGCUUUAUAAGGUUGCAUACACAGUCUGAAUAGCUGUAGCUGGUACUGUUCUAUGCUUUCCCAACCUUUAAUAGCAAGAAGUUCAGGACCAGUCUUUUACAUUAACCUUUUCUCAUUGUUUCUUCUUCUUCUAAUGUUCUACUUAUUUAAAACUUAUUUCUAAACUCAUUGUGUGUUCUUUGGUGUGACUAGCUCAGUUUUUAAGGCAGAAAACAAGUCCUGUAUAAAAUGUAAACUGUGUCUAUUAAACAUGUACACUGGUUUCCAACAACAGUUAUCAAAGAAACCACACAAAAAUAUUAAUUGUAAAUAUAACUAAACAUAUAGUAACAAUAUUUUUUUUUUACAAGGAUUAAAAUAACCAUUCUCCAAUUUGAAAGCAACUCCCUUUAAACGUUUAUGACCUAAAAGCCUUUCCAUAGAUAAAGCCAGGCUCAAGGCAGCUUACAACUUGAACAGAUUUGCAUAAUUACAAACAUAACAAUAGCAGUAAUAAGCAAUAACCAAAAUGCAUUAAAAAGUGCACAGCCAAAUUGAACAGUUUGCAUAUAAAAUAAUAAAAUCUUAAAAUAAAAAUACACCGCCCUCGCAGGCCAGGUGGGAAAAGGCCAGCAAGGUCUUCCAGGACAUUAAUCCAAUCUAGAUAUUGCAAAGCAUAGUUCACAAAGGCUGCAUCAUCAAACGAGAUUGCAGCUGGUGUACCGGGUGAAGCUAGAAGGAGUUACUCCUGAUCACAACCACCACCUGAUAGUCUAGGAAUAAGGCCAGAUUCAGAAGUCAUAGAAUGCAAAUUUGUUCUUUCAGGAGGGGUGAGACUCUAUAUUGAGUAGACCAUUCAUUCCACAAUCCAGAGUCCUUCUAACCACCUUAAUCCAUAUCUUUUCUAGAUAAUUGGCCUUCAUCCAGCAUGUUACUGAUUUUGUGUCAUGAUUCAGGGAUUCCACUGCUUCACUAAUAUUUGAGGAAAAGCAGAGAUGUAACUGAGUAUUAACUGCAAUACUAAUGACACUGAACUCCAAAUCCUCCAAUAAUCUUGUCAUUUAAUGACAAACAGAACUCUGUGGGACUGGAGAGGAUAAUUUAAAGGAGGCAAAACAGGAAUCCCUCCCUCCAGAAAUGUAGAGAAUCACUCCCAGGUAACUUCAGUUUGUAGGGUAGAUAUGCUAGUCAGCAGCGAUCAAUGAUCAAAAUGUAUUUAAAAACCAAGGCUUUGGCAGGCAGGCAAUUAUUGAAGAGGGCAGAAGCUGAUGUUUUCACUUGCUUUCACUCCCAUCCUUGUGCUUCUCUUAAUUAUAUAAGUUACAGAUGUUCUUCUCUUAAUUGAAUUCUACUGACUUAGUAAGGUACGACGAGAUGAAAGGGCUACACAAAAAUCACUGUUUUCUUCCUCUUUUAAACAUAGGAGCGAUGAAAAUAAGCGAGCACUCCCAGUUUGAGGGGUCGUAUGGUGGCCUUUGUGAUGAUGUCAUAAGAACCAAGGUAACAAUGAGAGAAAUUCUGGAAGUUUGAAUUUGCGCACUGUCUAGCAACCACUCUCAAUCUGUGAGCACUUCAACAAACCUGGAGAAGGUACCGUCUGUUUUACAAUUAGUAUAAGUAACCCUUUGAAUAAAACUCUCAACUGGAGGUCUCCCUUUAAGAGGAAAUAGAAUUUAGAUCCCGAAUACAGCUGUAUUCAGAACAAAAGGGAAUGUUCUUUCCUUACACGUUGAUAGUUCUUACAUUUGCAUUGAGACCUUUCUAAAGGCAGUGGAGUAGAAGCACAAGAGGUGGCAAUGGCAGAAGUUGGGGAUGACUGCUAUUUCUAUUUUCAUUCAACCUGUAUAAAGGUAAAUACUGCACAAUUUAUAAUGGCUUGCAUCUAUCAUGUUGUUAUGUGCCCUCCACUUUUCCAAGUAGUGAGAUGUUUCAGGGAUGGUGCUGAAGGGUUCAGAGAGCAAUUCUGUGUGUUUUUGUGUGGAAGUAAGCUCCACUCAGCAGAGUCUAAUCCCAGGUACGUGUAGAAAACUGGAGUCUCAUUUCCUUUGAAUAAGAAAGAGCGCUAGAGACUUCAGUUGUCUUUGUAAUAGGAUGAUGAUGAUUGCACAGCAAAAGCAAACAUGCAUUCCCACAAUGGGCAAAAGAGGCCCUAGAGAGCACAAAUGCUUCAUUUUGUUUAAUUCCACCUUGAAAUUCUCAGGUCUCUGUUGAUUUACCUCUUUGUGUUUCUACCAUUUAAAAAACUGCAGCUUACUUUUGCUGUUUCCCUCCCCUUGUCAUUGGCAGAAGGAAUGUUCAUUUGCCUUUUCCAUUGAAACCCACAAUAAUUAUGGAAAGUGCAAACUACUUUUUGCUGCUCCUCUGCUCUCCCCAUUCAGGAGGAGUGUUCACCUUCUCCAAGUUCAAAUGGGCAUCCCAUUUAGAAGGCUAAAGAGGGCCUGCAGCCUUCCCCUAAUGACUUUUCUUCCGUUACAAAUAUGGCUUAAAAGAGUGGUGGUGAUCACAAGGCUUCCCCAGUAGGAGAUAACUGACAAGAUUAAAAAAAAAUCCGGAACAUACAAGGCUAUGUGUAGUUAGCUGUUUAUCGGUUAUGAAGAUCUUUUCCCAUUAGCAAUGAAUGAGUUGUGUGACUAAGUAUAUAUAGAUAUACAUCUUCCCAAGAUGGACCAUCAUUGUCCCUCAAAACAUAACAAUAUUUACAGUUAGCUAAUAAUCAUUUCAGGCUUCCACCAUUCUACUCCCACAUCACUUGCAAACACUAGCGAGAAAUUCCUUCAGUUACAGACAGUCCUUACACCUCACCAGUUUUCAAAUAUCAAUGCGCUCCACUGGCAUGGUCAUCUCAAUAUGCUUACACCUACAUAGCCCUUUCAGUAUGUUAAAUGUGCUUCCACAUUGAUUUCCGGCCCAUACUGUCCGUGCAUAAUUUCUAGGUUCAAACUGUUGAUCUGUAACUUGCAGCAAGUCUUUGUCCUAAGGCAGGGGUGAAACGGGAUCUUUCUGGUGGUCUGGAUCAUUAUCUCCUUCACACCUACACACCCCAGCGGCCUUGUUUGUGCAGUGGCCUCCCGUGGGAGGCUUGCUUGACACCCCAUCUGAUGUAUCUCUAGUGCCAGGCAAAAAGUGCUUUUCAUUUGUUCAGGCCUUCUAGCAUGUCACAUAAUCUGAUAUAAUCCAAUCUUAUUUGUUAUUUUAUUAGUUCAGCUUGGUAUUUAUUGCACUGCUGCCGUUCUGCUGGUUCUCUGACUGGAAUGUUAUUGUAUUUCUAAUUGUUUGUUUGUGAUCCAUGCUAGAGUUUUUGGAAACUGAAGGGCAGCCUAAAGAACAUUUAAAGAAAUACUGCCUGGCCGAAUUUUCCAACCUCUCUCUCUUCUCUAUUCAGGGAUCAAAGUGCCGAUUCCGUCACUGUGAAAAAGCCAUUGGCAGUGACACCGUGUGCUCAUUAUGGAGAGAGGGGAGAUGUUCCCAUCAACUUUGCAAAUUUAGACAUAUGGAAAUACAGGUAGAAACGGCAAGCGCUUUGAAGUGUUCUCUUGUGAAGAGAUCUAUUAUAAGCAUUUAUUGGCUGUCUCUCGCCUCUGCUGCUGCAGAUGUGACAUCUUAAGUUUCACAGUUAAGAUGCAUGAUGUUCCUGUGACGCCCAGAUAUCAGCUUUGGAAAUAGUCAAACAUCAUUUUAUUACCUAAAGAUAGAACUGGUUCACACCUUCUACCCCACUUGAAAAGCUGAACAAAUUCACUGAAUUUUAAGGAUCCCUUCAUCUGUACUUUAUUACAGCUUUAUGUUCCCAUAACGCUCUUCUUUGCACUGCGAGAAUAGAAUGUUUUUAUACUGCAAUGAGUAUAGAGGAGAAAAAUGAGCUCCCUUUAGUCAAAUUUUGAGUCCUCUUAAAUUUAGUGGCAACAUGUUUUUGCGCUUCAAGUCGAUUAAAAGGAAGCUGGGCAGGGGAACAUCCUCCUCUCUCAGAUACCACAUAUGGGUUGGAACCCAAGGAAAUGGGCAGAAGGGAAAUACUUAUUUCACUUUAUUGUUUAUUUAUUAGAUGUAUAUGUUCACCAAAAGGUCUCAGGGUGGUUCACAAGAUAAAGCCACUAGCAGUGCUCUGCAAAAGUGGAAGAGCUCAAUAAUACUAUGUUAUAAUGCAAAUGUUCAAGUGCUCGUACUCUACACAAGUAGAACAAUAAGUUUGGAUUGAGUUUUACUUUCCUCACACAACUCCUGUGAUUGGAAGGGUACCUUUAGAUUCAACAGAAAAUGUGUAAUGUAUAAAGAACCAGAAGCCUGAUUCUCUUUUGAUAGCUGAUUGGGUAGGGAAAUCAGCCAAAUCAUUUUCAAUAAGAUCACAUUCUCACACAUCUUUUAUUGAUAUCUCUGCAAAUUUCCGUUGCAAAAUAUAAGGGACAGAGCCUUCUCAGCAAUUUCUCAGCCAUUGCUCUUCACUGUCUAGUUUUAUGGAUUCCAGUGUUCCAGCUAUGACCCGCUUUAGUAUUUUGUAAUUAUUAAAUAUGGAACCACCUUUCCCCCCCUUUUUUCUAUAGCAAAAAUACAACAGCAUUUCAUGUUUCUGGGAGACACAGCCAUUGGGCUGUGUGAGAAUCAGUUGUGUCUUCCAUCACCGGAAACCUCGUAACAUAAAUGGACUUUUUUUGCCACCUAGUAAUGGUGAGUACAAAUGUGUCUCCCCCCCCAUAUUCUGAAAACUGAAAUAAAAAUGUUCUAGAGUAGAGUCUAGUCUUAAAAUAUUAAGGCCAUCGCUGUAGAAGGACACUGUCUUUUACACACUGAAAUACUCUGGGCUGUUGCCUAACUGAUCAGAAUGAGGUCAGUGUUUUCAAGAUUAACAUUCUUGAAGGAGGCAGUGGUAAAACCUUCCCUGGAUUUGGAAUACCUAACUAACUACUGGCCAGUUGCUAAUCUCCCUUUCCUGAGCAAGGUUCUGGAGUGAGUGGUGGCAGACCAGAUCCAGGCACCUUUGUAAAAAACUAAUUUUCUGGAUCCAUUUCAGUCGGGGUUUAGGUCUGGUUUUGGUGCAGAAACUGCUUUGGUCGCCCUAUAUGAUGACCUCUGUUGAGAGAGAGAAAGGGGAAACAUGUCCCUGUUAAUUCUUCUUGACCUCUCAGUGGCUUUUGAUACCAUUGACCAUGCAUCCUUCUGGAGCAGCUGUCUGAACUAGAGAUGGGUGGCAUCACUAGUAGAAUGUUUAGAAUUCAAGGCAAAUAGGGCAACAUAUUAAUGGCCCAUCCAUAUGGAUAAGAACAGGGCAGGCACCUGGCUGAGUGGACCCUCAGCAUAAUGUCACCAAUGCCACCACCAAACAUGGACUUGAGUUGCUGCCUCCUCCAUGCCAUCCCUCUGUCAUUACUGCCCUGCCUUGCCAUCCCCACAGUAAUACAAGUGCUGGUCCUGACAACCAGAAACUGCAUUAAGGGGGAGAAACCAUGGUGACCACCAGGGGCCAAUUGGAGCCAAGCAACCCCUCUGCUUCCAGCCAGCCCAUUACAUCAGCAGCACGGAUAAUCCUGGGAGGAGGGGAAGAGGUGGCUGGCAGUUGCAGUGCUGCCAGUGUCUGUAUCUGUGCUACUGAGGAAUUCAAACACAAUAUUUUACAUUCUACAUAACUUCAGGAUCUUCUGUUUGUUAAUUUUUUUAACGUGUAAGUGUACAUAUUCCAUCGAAGAAUGAAUGUUACAUUUUACAUUCAAACACAAGAAUAUGGUUACAAUUUAAUAUGUUUGUAUAUGGAAGAAUACAUGUGGAAAGUAUUGUAUUAUAAUGAGCAGGGGUGGGGGAGAGAAUCAGCUUGGAUAUUGCAGGAAAGAUCCACAGAUUGAAUUCUGUCAUGUAUCUUUCUUGCAAAAGGCAUGUGCAUUUCCAUUCCACUCUUGAUGGGUUCCACAUGCAUUUCCUGCUCAGAAGAGAUAUAUUUUCUCUGAACUAACUCUGAUUGGAGAGGAAAUGGGUGGAAUAAAAGCCCCUUCCCCCCAAAAGCUAUGAUACAGUGGUACCUCGGGUUACAUACGCUUCAGGUUACAGACUCCAUUAACCCAGAAAUAGUACCUUGGGUUAAGAACUUUGCUUUAGGAUGAGAACAGAAAUCGUGCUCCGGCGGCACAGCAGCAGCAGGAGGCCCCAUUAGCUAAAGUGGUGCUUCAGGUUAAGAACAGUUUCAGGUUAAGUACAGAUCUCCGGAACGAAUUAAGUACUUAACCGGAGGUACCACUGUAAUGGCAGAGGGCAUAGUACCAGGGUUUCCCAACCUUGGGUCUCCAGCUCCCAUCACCCCUAGUUAUCAGGACCAGUGGUCAGGGAUGAUGGGAAUUGUAGUCCAAAAACAGUUGGAGACACAAGUUAUGGAAACCCUGCUCUAGAUUUACAGAGGUAGCAAAGGAAGUGAUUAACAUGAGUGUGAUGGCACCAUUGUUGUAUUCAUUUGAAGGCACACUCUUAAGCCCAGGCGCACCUCAUGUCAACAGAGGUAAAUUGAUAUGGCCAGCUGUGAGAUUAUGGGUUUGUGCCUACUGUGUUGCAAAGGUUGCAUAUUUGUGUUUGAGGUUUCAAUUGUGAUAAAUGCUUUCGCUGGUGUUUUGAUAGUACUGGGGUCUUGUGUUGUAUCCUGCUCUGGGAUCAUGAAUGGUGAAGGGUGGUCUUAAAAUCGAAAUAAUAAAUAAAAAACCUAAUCAGAAGUAGGGAGCCGCACUGAAUUUGUUUGGGCUUGUUCCCAAGUAAGUGUGCAUGGGGUUGCAACCUUAAUUAAUCAAUCAAUAGGCUGCAAUCCUCUGCACACUAGCAUAGGAGUGAACUCAACAGAACAGAAUAGUGGGCAUAUGAAGCGAUGCUCUGUGUAGGAUUCAUACAAUUAAUCAACUAUGAUUUAGUUAGUUGAUGGCCCAAGUUGUAAUAUGUAUCCGCUGCAUAUGUGUCUAAGAACAAUACCAAACCACUGUCUUGGCUUUUAUGAGUGAGUUAAGUAUGAUGAGGACUUCAAAGUUUUACUCAAAGUUUUAUACUGAAAUUUAAGUUCCUUCCUAUAGAUUCUACAUUGCAAAGGGAAGUUCAGGAAGGGAUUUUACCUCCUGCCCAAAAUCAAGAUUCCACAAAAGGUCAAGAAAACACAUUAAGACCUAUCCAUCCUCCACUGAUUAUUACCAUCAAUCUUGAGGACGACGAUGAAGAAGAACAGGAGGAGAAAUGUAAAUACUUUGCCAGACAUUUUUGUGUGCUUGUUCAAUGUUUCUAGCAAUUUGAAUCUACCUAGAAAAAGUUUACAAAAUAGGAUCUCCUAUAACAUUAUAUUAGAGGUUUUUUUAGCAUUUUGUGAUAACUGUAAUUGUAUUUAAAAGCUCCCAUCCCAAGCAAUGUGACUUCAAUCUUUUAACAAAUAUAAAGAAAAAAUGUUUUAGACUUUACCUACCCAUAUGUAUCCCAAAGUAAUGUUAAUAUAUUUCAUAAAUGACCAACCCUGUUUGAUAAUAGAAGUUGGCCUAUUGCGUUUAAUAUUAUUCCUAAAAUAAAUUACAGCUGAAUUGAGGAUUCUAAUUUUUAUUAAUAAAAAAUAGAAUGUUAAGCAAUAAUAGAGCCAGUGUGGUGUAGUGGUUAAGAGCGGUAGUCUCGUAAUCUGGGAAACCUGGGUUCGCGUCUCCGCUCCUCCACAUGCAGCUGCUGGGUGACCUUGGGCCAGUCACACUUCUUUGAAGUCUCUCAGCCCCUCUCACCUCACAGAGUGUUUGUUGUGGGGGAGGAAGGGAAAGGAGAAUGUUAGCCGCUUUGAGAUUCCUGAAGGGGAGUGAAAGGCAGGGUAUCAAAUCCAAACUCUUCUUCUUCUAUUAUUUUAUCCAGAAUAUUGAAAAAAUUCUCGAGAAUACAGCCCAGUUGAAGAACCCCACCAGUAAAAAAUUAUAUUGCAAUUUGUACUAUGAAUGCAAUUGCAGUUAAGUUUUGCUUUACACGGUACAAGAAGAUAUCUGGCAAGGUCUUUGCUUAGUAAGCUCUGUGAAAUUCGUUCCCUACAGAUGCAUCUUAUUUACUGUCUAAGACACCAGAAGACAUAGAAGAAGAAAAGGCAAUAAAGGAAAUGUGUUAUAAAUCUGGUAAGAAUGUUAUUUCUGAUUCUCUUAUCUCACUUUUCAGCUGAUAUCACUCUGGUAACUGCCCCCGUUUUCUCUUCCUUGGGGUGAAACAGGAGAAUACUACAGAAUUCAGACUUCUCAGGAAAACCACUUAACAAAAAACAUACCUUUGGUGCUGGAGAACGAGCUCUUGAAAACCAUGGAAACUGGCAGAGAUUUACAAGAAGGCAAGGACCUGAGCAAUAUAACUUCUAUUUUAUUUUUCAUAUAGGAGAACAAGCCUUGCUAAAGCAGAGCUAGCAAGGGCAAGUCCUGUCUUACUAACUUACUAACUCUAAUGAGUUCUCUGAGAGUGUCAACAAACAUAUAGCUAGUGCCGAUCUGAUUGACAUAUAGUGUAUUUGGACUUUCAAAAGGUUUUGAUAAGGUACCUCACCAAAGCCUCCUGAGGAAGCUUGGCAGUCAUGGAAUAAGAGGAGAGGUCCUCUUGUGGAUCGGAAAUUGGUUUAGUAGCAGGAAGCAGACAGUAGGAAUAAAUAGACAGUUGUCCCAAAGAAGGACUGUAGGAAGUGGUGUGUGCCGCAAGAAGUCCUGUGGGUGGCACUCAGCUUUUUCACCCUAUACCAUCAAGAGGCAAUUCAGGUGCUGAACUGGCGCUUGGAGCCAGCUGGAAGUGAGCCAGUAAACUGAGUUGAAUCCAGAUAAGACAGGGGUACUAUGAGUCCUGAGUUUUCAGGUCCAGGAGGUGUGGUGAUACAUGUGCUGAAGUCUUGUUCUUUUAAAAGUAAGAUGCUAAUAUAAGCGGCUCAUUGAUAUUGUCUUAAAUAUCUGAAGCUGUUUGAUUAAUGUGAGGGUAAACGAUCAGAAUCUGCUACUAUAAUUUCAAAAUCAAACGAAUUAAGUAAAGCAAGCAAGCAAACAAACUCUGAACAUUGAUACAAAUGCCCCCAUCUACUUUCGUUGUUACUAUUUUUACUGUACUUAUUCAGAUUUAAUGGACUGUUUUUAUUGAGUUGUAAACCACCCUGGAAUGUUUUCAACAAAAUAAAUAAAAACAAACAAUACUAGUCAUGUAAAGGAAAUUAACAAAGUGAGAAAAAUGUAUAUUUUUAUAUGAUUUCUUUUUAUUAGAUAGAGAUGGAAGUCAUUGCUCACUGUAAAUGGGCAAAUUAUUCUGCCAUUAGUGACCCCAGGGUUUUUCCCAGUAGGUUUUUUAAAGGAGCAGUCUGGAAAAAAGAACCUGUAAUAUCUCACGUAAUCCAUGUUUAAAAUAAGAGAACUCAGGAAUAAUAAUAUUUAGGAAGUGCUGAUGAGAAACAGUGAUUUGGACAAAAAAGAAGAAAUCAUAAAAUUGGCCCAGUCAAUUUAAGGAGAAAAUAUUUAGAGGAAGGCUCAAUUUAGUUUCACUGAUUUAUUUUGCUGAUUCAUCAGUAUGUUGACUUCAGAGUGGACCCCACUGAAUGUAAAGAGGCACCACACUGUGCCUCUUUAUAUUUUGAACAAGCCUUUAAUAAUUGUAAACCUAAAAAGCCUACUUCAGUCACUAUCCUUUCUUUAGAGGGGUGCUUAACAGUGACGCUCUCAAAAAAGCUACUUGAGGAAUAAUCCGUUUUGAUUUGUAAAACUGUGUUUUUCUGUCAACUGCUGUGCAUUAUCUGUUGCCACAUUUGCUUGGGACUGAUGUGUUUAAUCCUCAGACUACUUUUUUUAAAAAAAUAAUUUUUAUUCAUUUUCCAAAUAUUUUUAUACAAUCAGCUCGUAUUUAAUCACACAAUCAUCAAUUUUUGACUUCCCUCAAUUUCUCUGCCAAUCUUUCGUUAAAAUUUCUAUUGUUAACGCAUUUCUAACCUUAUUAUUGCCUUUAACCAUUCCUCUUCCGUUCUACUACUUUCUUUUUUACAAUAUUUCUUAAUUUUUCACAGAGACUCUUCAAAACCAACAAGUGUUGUCUGUACAUCACAUAUGCUUUUCAGAUAUUCUGUAAACCUCCCCCAGUCCUCAAUAAACUUUUGGUCUUUCUGAUAUUGAAUCUUCCCAGUUAGUUUAUCCAACUCUGCAUAUUCAGUCAAUUUCAUUCUCCAUUCUUCCACUGUUGGAAUUUCUUCCUGCUUCCAUCUCUGCGCCAGAAGUAUUCUUGCUGCUGUAACCGCGUAUUGGAAAAGUUUACAGUCUUUUCUAUUAAUUUCAUUACCCACCAAUCCUAGUAGGAAGGCCUCUGGUUUUUUAACAAAUGUAUAUCUCAACAUCUUUUUCAAUUCAUUAUAUAUCAUUUCCCAGAAGCCUUUCACCCUUUUGCACUCCCACCACAUAUGAUAGAAAGUUCCUUCUUUUUCUUUACAUUUCCAACACUUGUUACAUGUUUUAUACAUUUUAGCCAAUUUAACUGGCGUUAUGUACCAUCUAUAUACCAUUUUCAUUACAUUUUCCUUCAAUGUGGUACACGCCGUAAAUUUUAACCUUUCAUUCCAUAAUUUCAUCCAGUCAUCAUAUUGUAUAUUAUAAUCGAAAUCUCUGGCCCAAUGUAUCAUUACCGAUUUUCCCUCUUCAUCUUUUGUAUGCCAUUCCAGCAACAUUUUAUACAUUUUAGACAAAUUUUUGUACUCAUUAUUCAAUACCUCUGUUUGAAAUUUUGAUUCUUUUCCUUCAUAUCUACAUAUUUUGCAGUCUUUUUAAAACAUUUCACUAAUCUGAUAAUAAUGCAACCAAUCAUAAACAAAUUCUUUCACCUCUUCAUAAGUUUUCAUUUUCCAUUUACCCCCUCUCUUACUAUCAAUUCUCCAUAGGUUGUCCACCUCCCCCUCAUAUUUAUCUUUUUCACACUCAUCACUUCCAAUGGUGAAAUCCAAUGGAGGAGUCUUGGUUCCAACAGAUUUUUAUACCUCUCCCACACCUCUAUCAAAGAUCUACGGAAAAUGUGGUUUUCAAAACCUUUAUGAAUUUUUCUCUUUUCAUACCAUAGAUAUGCAUGCCACCCAAAUCUAUUGUCAAAUCCUUCUAAAUCCAACAACUCUCCAUUCUCUAAUCUAAUCCAUUCCUUUAACCAACAAAGGCAUGAUGCUUCAUAGUACAGUUUCAAAUCUGGCAGGGCGAAGCCACCUCUUUCUCUCGCAUCUGUCAAUAGCUUAAACUGAAUCUUUGGCUUCUUACCCUGCCAGAUAUAUCUUGAAAUUGUUUUUUGCCAUUCUUAAAAAGUUGAUGCCCCUUUGAUUAUCGGCAGUGCUUGGAAUAGAAAUAACAUCUUUGGCAGCACACUCAUCUUUAUCGUAGAUAUCCUCCCCCAAAAAGAUAAUUUCAAUCUUCCCCACACCUCCAAAUCCAUUUUUAUUCCAUUCCAAACAGGUAUGUAGUUAUUUUGAAACAAAUCAAUAUUCUUGGGAGUUAACCAUAUUCCUAAAUAUUUCACUUUGUUCACCACUUCCAACCCUGUCCUUUGUUGCAUUUCUUCUAUUAAUUCUUGUUCCAUAUUUUUAGCAAUGAUUUUUGUCUUUUUUUUAUUUAAAUAAAAUCCUGCAACUUGACCGAAUUGUUCUAUUUCUUCUAAGAUUCCUUUCACACUUCCCUCUGGCUCUUCUACCGUCAUUACCAAAUCGUCCGCAAAUGCUUUGACUUUAUACUCAUUUUUCCCUACAGACACCCCUUUUAUUUCUUCAUUUUUCCUUAUUGAUUUUAACAGAACCUCCAGCACCAAGAUGAAUAAUAAUGGUGAUAGUGGGCAUCCUUGUCUUGUACCUUUAGUUAUUUUAAUAUCUUCCGUUGUAUAAUUGUUUACUAUCAGCUUCGCUUUUUGUUCUGUAUAUAUUGCCUUUAUUCCAUUAAAAAAUUCCAUGUCUACAUCCAUGUGUUCCAAAUUUUUUAACAUAAAAUUCCAUGAUACAUUGUCAAAGGCCUUUUCCGCAUCCACAAAAAUUAACAUAGCUUGUUUCUCAUUCCUGGCAUUCAGAUAUUCUAUUAUAUUUAUUAUAUUCCUUAUGUUAUCUUUCAUCUGUCUGCCAGGAAGGAAACCCGCUUGAUCCUUAUGUAUAAAAUCUUGCAAUACUUUUUUCAGUCUCUUUGCUAAUAUACUCGCGAAGAUUUUAUAAUCAGUGUUCAAUAACGAAAUAGGCCUAUAAUUUUUUACUUGCAUUAAAUCCAAAUCUUGUUUUGGGAUAAAAGUGAUAAAGGCCUCUUUCCAUGUUUCCGGAAUUUCUCUAUUCUUCAAAAUGUUGUUUAUAUCUUCUUUCAAUGGUACAAGUAGGGUGCUUCUCAUUUCCUUAUAAUAUCUAGCUGUGAAUCCAUCUAGUCCUGGAGCUUUCCCUUUUUUCAAUUCGCUUAUCGCCUCUUUAAUUUCUUCUAUUUCAAUGGGGGCGUUCAAGUUAUCUUUUUUUCUUGUUGGGAUCUUCUGCACUUCUUUUUCCCUUAGAAAUCUUUCUCUCUUUCUCAUAUUAUUCUUUUGUUUAUUUUUGUACAAUUGUCUAUAAAAGUCCAAGAAUCCUUUUCUGAUCUCUUUCGGGUUUUCUAUUUCCGUAACUUCAAUGAUGAUUUUAUUUACUGUAUUCUGCUCCUUUCUUUUCUUUAUCUGCCACGCCAGCCAUUUUCCUGAUUUGUUCGCAAAUUCAAAAUUUCUUUGUCUCAUUCUUUUUGUAUUCCCGUCUGCUUCUUUAUUUAUUAUCAUUGCAAAUUGUGUUUGUAGAGUCUUUAUAUUCUGUCUUAUCUUUUCAUUAUUUGGUUUUUUAUCAAUUUUUGUUCAUUUUCCAUUAUUUGUCUCAGUAUUUCCUUCUUAUUCUUUUCUCUAUUCUUAUUUUUCAGGGCAUUCUGUUGGAUAAAAAAGCCUCUCAUCACAGCUUUGCUCACAUCCCAAACCAUACUCAUUUUUGUUCCCUUAUUGCAGUUGUUUACAAAAUAUUCUGACAAAUUCUUUUGAGCAUUUUCUACUACUUUCUGAUCAUCUAGAAGGUAGUUGUUCAUUCUCCAUCUAAACGUUCUUUCUUCAAAGUCUUUUAAUUCAAAUUUUAUUGCACUGUGAUCCGAAAUCACUCUUGGUUGAAUUUCAAUUUCCGAGAUUCUUGGGGUUAAUUCGUUUGAGACCCAUACCUGAUCUAUUCUUGACAUGGAUUGAUUCGGUUCUGAAUAGAACGUAAAUUGUUUCUCCAGUGGGUGUCUGAGUCUCCAAAUAUCAAUCAAAUUACAGUUCUUAAUCAUUGAAAAGAAAGUCUUAGGUAGUUUCCCGUCUUUACUCACUCCUGUUCUCAGUCUGUUCUCAGUCUGUCCAUUUCCAUUGACACCACUCCAUUCAGGUCUCCCAUUAUUAUAAUUUUCUGAUCCAUAUAUUCAAACAAUCUUUCUUCUAAGUUUUUAUAAAAGUCUGUUUUGUUUCCAUUUGGUGCAUAGAUCCCGACGAUUAUUAUUUUUUCUCCUUGCCACUUAAUUUGAACUGCCAUAACUCUGCCUUCUUCAACUUUGAAAAUUUGUUGAGCUUCAAUUUUUUUCCUGAUAUACAAAACUACUCCUCUCUUUUUGCUCCUAUCCGAAGAUACAAAUUCAUUUCCCAGUCUUUUGUUAAUUAAAAUUUUUUUAUGUCUUCUUGCCACAUGAGUUUCUUGUAGACAAAUAAUAUCCAAAUUUUUCUUUUUUAAAUGUUGUUCAACUUUAUUUCAUUUUUUUAAUCGUUUUUUUUAAUCGUUUAAUUGUUAAUAUUCCAGGUCCAUAGUUUUAAACCAUUUUCUCCAUUUUAAAUUCUUUAUUACUAAUUUUAUAAUCCAUCUACCUCUUCUUCUUCUUCUUCUUCUUCUUCUUCUUCUUCUUCUUCUUUCUCUUCUUCAUCCUUCUUUCUCUCUUCCUCUAGUUCAUCCGGGUCCACUCCUCCUGCAGCUUCCAUUCCUGGGUUCCACUUCUCUUGUUUCUUCUUCGUCAGUUCGUAGCUCUUUAUACUUUCUCAAGAAUUUUCCUAUUUCCUCUGGGCUUGUAAGUCUGUGUCUUUUACUUUUGUAGAUAAAAGAGAUUCCUUCCGGAUAUUCCCAUCUGAAUUCUAUAUUAUUUUUUCUUAAGAUCUGCACUGUUGGUUUAUAUGGGUCUCUCCGUUUAAGUAACCUGAUCGGGAUGUCUUUAAAAAUGAUCAUGUAGUUUCCUUCAAUAUUCAGUCUAUUCUCUCUAUUUUUCUGGAGUAUCAAAUUUCUCAUCUCUCUGUCCUUAAAAGUAAUCAGACAAUCCCCCGGAAAUUUCCUUGCCUUAGCUGAUCUUGUCUUCAUUCGAAAUGCACUUUGUACCGAUCUUGCCACUUCUUCUACAUUCAUCUCCAUCCAUUGUGCAAUCUCAUUUAUUAGCUUCUCUUUGAUGUUGCUCCUUGCACCUCUGGAACCAGUGUCAAUCUUAGGUUCACUUCUCGCUGCCUGAGUUCAUUCAUAGAAAUCGCAUCCCAGACUUCCUCUUGUGCUUUAUUAAUUUCCGACAUUCCCGCCCUUAUUUUUUCUUCUUCCUUCUUCACCUCCUUCAUUUCCAAUCUUGUCUUCUUCAUCCCUUCUUCCAAAUUCUGUGUCCUCUUACAUCCUUCAGUUGCCCUUUCAGUUCAUUAACUGUAACAUCAAUUUUUUUGUCCAUUUGGCCCAUUCUCUUAUCCAUUUGUUCUAAUUUUGCUUCUAUAUUCUUUUCACUCUGCUUAAUAUUGGAGUUGAUCUCUGCAAACUUUUUCAAAAUCUCUCCUUUAAAGUCUGCUUCUUGUUUUGAUCCUCUCCUUUCUGCCGGUGUUCCCCCUCCCCCCUUUCUUUUGUGUAUGAGACAUUGUAGUUGAUUUCCAAAUACCUAAUAUACCAUCAGCAACAAUCAAUAUUCAAUCUAAAUGUAAAAUCAUUAAAUCACUUUUUUCAAAAACAAAAACCUCAAAAAAGAUAGAAAAUUUUGCCCUUCCCAAUUCUCAUACACUUAAACCUAUAUAAUAAUCAAUUUACAUAUAUCAAUUUUUUUACCAAAAUGAAUUUUACAAGUAUAUACUUAUAGGGCGGAACACCAGUAAAUUUUUGAGAUUCACACUUUUAAGAGACCAAUCCCCCACCAAAAAUUAACUUCCUUUCUUCUUUCUUCUUGCCACCACUUAGGCUAUAUCCAUACCGACUUCUUAUUGAAGAUAUAUCCUCCAAAUAACAAUGUUGUGCUAUUUAAAUUAUUGUAAUCCAUUAGUUAUGUAUUGUAAUCCAGAAAUUGUAAUCCAAUUGUGAGGCCAAAAUUAUUACGGGUACUGAAAGAGAUUCCAAAUAUAUCCAGAAGUGUCCAAGGGGCACCAGAUAUUUCAAGGUAGAAGAUAGAAUAAAAAUGUCUGGAGGAGUCUGGCUUGAAGUAGUUAUGAAGACUACCUGAGUCUCCUUAUUUUGGAGUGGAGAUUUUAAAUUCAAAUGUAAAAACAAAGAGAGAAAAGAAAAAAGAAGAAUGAUAUUUAAUUUGGCAGUCCAGACUAAUCCAAUAAUAAAAGAAGAGGAAAUAAAAAAUAAAGACAAGGAGGAGUAGUUAAUUCAGUUCCUCUUUCACUUGGCUCCAAAUAAAAAUGUAAUCCUUAUGACAGCUAGGCAGUUCUUUCUUAGUUCGUUCCGCGGACACACACGAAGAGACAAAAACAACUUAAGUAGAUAGCCUUCAUUCAAACACGAUUCCUUCCCUUCCCCUUUAUAUUUAAUCGUUCAAGUUUAGUUAAAUGCAGAGGUACCAAAUCAUAAAGGAAAAAAUUAUACUGUUCAAUAUUGUCCUUCCAUCCCUUUGUUAUAUUUUAUUUGUCGCUGGGUGACUUCCUUCAACUUAAAAUGGAGACACAAAAGUUCUAUUCUGUUGCGCAGUUUUUCCCCAAAAGUGAAAGUGCCGAGAAGUAACUUUCUUUCUUACUCACUCAGACCGUUCGUUAUAUCAAAGACCUUUUAAAGUCACAAAAUAGUUACUGUCUGCUCCCUCUUUUAGUUACCCUCUUUUUCUGCAACUUUUUGUUACUUUUGCAACAAUUUAUCUUACUUUUAGCGAGUUCUCCAAGAGAGAGAAGUUCAAACCGCUUGCCGUAUCGCCAACCUCCCUUCCACGCUCCGCUCGUAGUCUUGCGUUAUUCUCCGAUUACAGACAAAACUGACCUCUUUUUAUCUCUUCUUUUUUCAAAGCCUUUCUUUUAUAUAUUCCAAUUAUAAUCCGAAUUUGGCUCCAAUUGUUUGCUUUUGAGAAUCGGUCACUCGCCCUGCAAGCCUGGGGCGGCGUUCUCGAGGGUGAGACAACGGCUUCCCGGUGCCUGCUUUCUCCGCCCGCCGCUCUCUUCGCUCCCGUUACGGAGUUACCUGGCGGCCGGGCGAUCUGCGAACGGCUCCGCUGGGAUCCUGACCCUCUGGUUUCCCUCCAGAGGGGUUUUGGGGGGCUAUCGCGCCCUGUAGCACCCCCGUUUACCCUCGAGAACCCGGACUUUCUCUUGCCGAGAAAAGUCCCGCUUGCGUCGGGUCCGUGGCUCGACCGGAAGUGGUCUGCAGACUACUUGGGGAAUAACAGAAUACAGUGGUACCUCUGGUUACAAACACUUCAGGUUACGAACGCCACUAACCCGGAAGUAGCUGCUCCUUGUUGUGAACUUUGCCCCAGGAUGCGAACAGAAAUUGCGCACCAGAGGCAGACCCCUUUAGCGAAAGCGCACCUCAGGAUAAGGAGGGAUCUAAGUAUGGUGGCACAGUAAACUUUGGCUUCUAAGGAACCGAAAGAGAGAGAGAGAGAUUUGUUACCAUGCGCGUUUCUAAACAUGUCCACAGAUGUGCAGUGGAAGAUGUGCUUCUAAGGAAGAGGAGAAGAGAAGGGAUGAAUCUGUAGAAAAGGAGAAAUGGUCUUUUCAUACACAUCUAUUCAGAAAAGAUGAAUUGGAACACCUUGGUCACCAUAGUUGACUAGGAAUUCCAUGUAGGCAAUUGAAUGGUUUGCUGGAAGGCGAGAUGGAUUGCCCUGCUCAUCUUCCACCAACCCAUAUGCUAGAAGAUCUUUAAAAUAAAAUAGCUUGCUAAUAUGCCUGUAUUUCCAUGAUAGCCCAGCAUAGAAAUGCAGUCUAGGUUGUUGUUGUUUUAAACGUGCAGGCUGAUAACUUUGGUGUCUUAUUUACCAGCCUUAUUUAUCUUCCAAGUGCUCAAAACACUUUACAAAUGCCAUCUCAGCAAUCCUUAUUAGAUUCUCAUAAUAUUAUGAUCCCCAUUUUGCAGAUGGGAAAGCGGAAGUUAACAGAACAGCAGUUUGACUAAUGCUAUGGUAAUACCUAUGCCAUGGGCAUUUCCCACGAUUAAAAUAAGUUUAGUAAGUUCAACGAUUCUGUCUCUUGCCCUUUUAGGUGAUGGCGUUGCAGUUCCAUCAAAGUUUAAUAUUGCAGAAAGGCAAACGGAGAUAACGGCAUCAUUAGAUUGUAGCUCUCGAUCUGAUCUCAGUGCCUUUGAAAAUGGAGGUAAUUACUUCAAACAUACAUUGACUAUUUAAAUUCUUAUGAUUUACAUGACAACCAAAUGACAGUGGAAACUAAAAUACAAAUACAAGUUCUGUGAUUUAUUUAUUUUUUUGUCUCUCUUUGUAGGAGGUGAUUGCUAUUUGCCACAAAGAAAUAUAUUUGUUGCAGGGAUACAAAGCAAAGCAUUCAGUGGAGAAAAAGAAUUUGCCAUGCUGAAAUGUUCGAACAUUAAAGGUAUUCAGAGCUCAUGUAUUGUCUUUUGGGGGAGGGGGAAAAUUGGGAGAUAUAUGUUUCUUCCUUUCUGUGGUUUGAAAAUGCAUCUGCACAAGCUGCCUGUGUGAUUUUUCUAUAAUUUGUGCCAGGGAAUUCAACUGUACUGGUGGUUAAUUUCAUUUUCUUAUCAGAGUUAACACUCGGUUCAUUCCCCACCCCACCCCCAGCUACAGCUCAUUCUGUCUAUUCUCUUUGGUGCCAACACAAGCUUGUUACGGAGUUUAGCUUUGGCAGGAUCAUCCAAUUAAUUACUGUGAUCAUUUUUACUGUUCUGUGAUGCAGUGAACCAUUGCAACUUCCCAAGAGUCUAAAAGGGGACCGUGCUGAGAAGUAUUAGAUAGCGGGCUCAGUUUCACGACACAUUUAAAUGUGUGAAAUGAUCAGCUGGACUUUUUACAUAACGCCAAUUAUCACAGCCACCAAAGAUGCUUCUGUGUUAACCUGGAUAUAGCCUUGUUUGACAGCAUGAUACUUCCUCAAAUUCAGACAUUCUGUAGGGGGAGGAAGCUCUGGGGGGUUCUUUUAUGGAGGGGAGGGAGGUGGCUAGGCAAGAUCAGGGGAUCCCCUUUAUUGAACAGUCUCACAUUUUCAUUGGUGUUGCCUAUUUACUUGCCCUGUCCCUCCCUGCCCUAUGUUCACCAAUGCCCAGUGUGUGUGUGUGUGUGUGUGUGUGCACUAGGUAAGCCGAGACUGCUGUCCCUUCUUAUUAUGCCAGUCACUUCUCACUCACUUGGCUGCAACAGGUAAAAACAGGCAACAAUACAAAAUGGUUGCAGCAGCAGAAUCAGGGCACCAGUGAUGCAUUACCUGGUAGGGCAGGAGCUUCAACAGAUACCCUGUGGUGCCCCUGGAUGCCAUUGAAAGAGCACCAUAAACGAUCCAUUAUUGACCUCCACAACAGGCAUCUAGUUGCAUAAAAUGUCAGCCACCUCAUUUUAAUACAUGCAAUUAUUUUUUGUGUCCCUUCUCUGUAUGGGUGGACAGCUCCUUUCAGCUGCUUCAGUCCAGCUGCCUCCCGUAAUAAUGCACUGGGAUGGCGACGGAGAAAAUCUGUAUUGUGUUGCGUCUGUGCACUGGUUCACAUAGAGUGAUAAAGGUAAAGGGACCCCUGAACAUUAGGUCCAGUCGCGAACGACUCUGGGGUUGUGGCGCUCAUCUCGCUUUACCGGCUGAGGGAGCCGGCAUACAGCUUCCGGGUCAUGUGGCCAGCAUGACUAAGCCGCUUCUAGCGAACCACAGCAGUGCACUGAAAUGCCGUUUACCUUCCCGCCAGGUAAAUGCCGUUUACCUUCCCGCCAGAGUGGUAUCUAUUUAUCUACUUGCACUUGUGCUUUCAAACUACUAGGUUGGCAGGAGCUGGGACCAAGCAAUGGGAGCUCAAACCACCGACCUUCUGAUCUGCAAACCCUAGGCUCUGUAGUUUAGACCAUAGCGCCACCCGCGUCCUCACAUAGAUUGAGUAGCAGGUAAAUGAGGGAACAGCUCAGGGGUUAGGUGUGCUACACACACGGCCAAUUUAUACUGCACAAAAAAUGGGAGGAGAAAGGGAGGAUUGUUAAAACCAUACUUAUGCAUGUAAGACUAUCUGCCGGUCAUUUUUGGAUCACAUUCCAAGUCAUGAAUAUAGCAAGGUUGGCCUUUACCAUGCCCCCCCCCUUACUGAAUCCUCAGUGAAUGCAUGAAACAACCCUGGGAAUCCACCUCCUUUCUCAUCGCCGUAGAACUGAGAGGCAAAAUCCUGUUGUCGGUUUUGUCUUCUCUUUAGCUACAAGUCACACUGAAAGCAUAAAGAAGCAUCAUUUUAAAGGAGUGAAGAAAAAGAAAUGGAUUUCCGAGGAACCCAAAAACCUUCCUCUUCCGUUGACAGCAAAAGGUAUUUUGAAAAACCAUUUUUAGUAGGUUGAAAAAGUCACACGGGGCCAAUCAACUCAUUUGGUCCUGGUUCAACAUCAGAGGCAAUCUCUUAAAAGGGGCAAGCUCAGUAUUUGUAUUGCAUGUCCCCGUCCAUUGCCCUAUAUGUUGAGCAGCACUCAGUAGCUUCUUACAAGUCUGGGGAAAAUAUUGAUUAUCGUAUUAUUUCUUGCAGCAAUGCAUACUUCAAACCCUAAAUGUAAAGGGUAUUGCCAACAAAAUGAUCAAAGCAAGAAUGCUGAGAAUGCUUCUUAUGUUCCUUCUCAGAGAGCCAGCGGGAGAAGUAUUUCCUUGAGUUCUCCAGCAGCUGCAAGGUCACCCAAUCUGACCUAUGGUAAAGUUGGUGCAACCAAAGAAUCCAAGAUGAAUUUGGCUGCAGGUGAGCACAUAGUCUCAUAGACCCCUCCUCCUGGCACAGAAGAUUGCCCGCGUUAUUGAGUUUGUGUUCUGUUAUACCACAUUUGACUUAAACAUAAGACUGUCUUACAGAGAGAGCUUUUACUGGUGUGGCACCCUGAAUAUGUAAUGCUUUCCCUCAGCAGGUUCGCCUCGUGGCCAACAUUGCUUUCUUUUAAAAAAAGGAAAAGUUUCCCCUCCCAUUUUCUCAAGAUUUUAAGGUAGCUUUAUGUACAAUAAGCCCGCAGCUUGAACACAUUUAACUUGUGUGCAUUCGGCAUAAAUAAGAGGCAGAAAGUGGGAAAGAGUUUGGCAGUCCUGCCUGCCCUUGCACCUAGUUGUGUUUUGACUAGUUAUAGGCAUGAUCUCCAGAACAUAACCCCCACAUAAAUUGAGGGCUUACCAUACUGUUUACUGUUGACUGUUCUUUUACCUAUCAGUCUCAUCUAUUAUUUGUAAGGUUAUAUAUAAGAACUUGAUUUUUUAAACCUUCUAAACUGUCUGUUUGUAAUGUCUCUGUCUGGUCAAUAGCUAUUUCUGAAGAAAAAACAACAACUUGUAAUUUAUGUUUAUUGCAAGGUAAAAACACAGCCACAAGAUUUUGCUGCAAUUUGGUGGGGUUGUAUUCAGAUACAAAUAGAGAUGAUUUGUUGUCAGAUGUGGCAAGAAUGGUUUGGACGGUCUAAUUCUUCUUCUUUUGUCUUUAUCCUUCUUAAUGUUUAUUUGGUUUGUUUGCUUGUUUGUUUUCUUAUAAAUCUGUCCCAACUCUGCCAAUUUUGUAAUGACAAUGUCAUAAAAAUCAGACAAUGAGUUCCUCUAGUUUAAAUUUUGUCUUGAAGUAUUGCGAGCUCUAACCCUUACGUUAUGCUCAGAAACAUGUUUGGUUAAUUCUCUGUGUGGUUUGAUAUUUUGUCAUUUUGCAGUAGUUCUUCUUGUUUUGUUAUACUAAACCUCAGCAAAAAAAGAAAAAAAAAAAGAAAUGAGUGAGAGGUUUGGGUAUCAUCUGAAUUACCUCACCCAAAACUUUCACAUGGAUGUUAAAUAGCGUGGGAAGUAAGAUGGAACUUUGUAGUAUCUUUGGAGUCCAAUGUCCUAUCAGUUCUUUUCCAGGCAGGUGAUCCAGAAGUAUAUCAUGGCCAUUGCUAUUAAGCACUAUUGCUAGGACCUGGACAAUCAACAGCUAUCUUCCUCCUGUCUGUUUCCUAAUGGAGGUCAACCACCAGGACAAUUAAAGCAGUUCCAGUCCAAAAUGAAUAUUAGAACAGAUCUAAAUAAUUGGUUUCAUCCAAGAAUACUUGGAGUCCCAAUAGCACUUCUGUAAGAUUAGUGAAUUUGGCAGAGGAGUUGUUGGAUUAAUUAAAGGGUUGAAAAGUCCCAAACAGCCAAUAGAAUCACACCUUCUUUUAAGGAAGUAUUUACUGGUCCUGCCACCCAUAUGUGUUAAGCUUUCCCUCUCCCAAAAUCUAGUUCAUGUUCCCAGAUUGAAAAUGGAAUGCAUUCUCCCUUGGGGUUAAUGUGUUUUUCGAAGUGAUCUAUGAUUUAUGUGAUGUCAGGUAACAUCAUGACUAAACUCUCUCUCUCUGUGUAACUAGAUUGGCAGAAUACGAUUAUAAUUAUCACUGAAAAUGUAAAUCAAACUGUAUUUUUCUUUACAGAGAGGUGCACUUCAGCAUAUAAUAUACCAGCUUGGCGAAAAAGAAGCCCACAUACUAAAGUAUAUACUAAAGCGGAAAAAAUGCAUUCAGGUAUUCCAAUAUGAACAAUUCCAAUAUGAACGUAUUUGCUAAAAAUGAAAGAAAAUUAGAAAAUGGGGAACAUUUCUAAAGAGCAAGUAUCUUAUUAUGUAGAUUACUUUAUCUUUGUAGAUUGCUAGUGGAUAGGAGGGGAGAACUCACGAAAUCUGUUUAGUGUUGGAGCCUAUGCACUUGUGCCCCAGAGACACUUGGGAUAAGAAGGAAAAGUGUUGACAUCUGAGAUUUUUUCUUUAAACUUGUGUUAUUUAGACAAACUGAGUAAGGACAUCCCUUACUGCUUUUCUCAGUUGUUACUCUCACAUAGUAACUGGGCUUGGAUGCAGAUGACAGUUUUCUCUCUCCAGUUGCGUGUUGGCUACAUGGGAGGUUAUCCCACCCAUUUCUUUUUCUUUUUUUAAAAUAAUAUUUAUUGAAAAUUUUUAAAAUUACAAAAAAGACAAAGCAGAGAGAGAAAAAAGCAAGAAACAAAAAAGAGAAAAAGAAAACAAACCACAUCCAAUAAUACCAAUUCAAAAAACAAAAAUACACCACAAACAUAUAAAAAUAAAACCAACAUUCUCAAAUCUUCAACUUUCAUUACCUUCUUUCUUUGACCUCCUCCUCCUCCUCCCUUUUUUUUUUUUUUAUCCCAGUUAUUAAUUAUCGCAGCAAAUCCUUUCCAUAUUUCAUAAUAUUCUGUCAUUACAUUACCUUAAUCUAUUUUCAUCUUAUCUUAUAAAAAACCUUAAAACUUAAAUCUUAUUUUAAACAUUUUUGCUAGAGCCAAGUAAUUUCGUUCCAACAUUUUUCUAACAGUCAUCAAUUUUAUAAAACAAUCCUAGUAAUAAAAAAAGAAAGAAAUAGAAACAAUCCAAUCUUCAUCCAGCGUCCCUUCCUCCUGGUCCCGGGUUUUGUCAGUCCUUUUUAUCCCAUCGAUCUAGCGCAUUAACCUGGUAACCUUAUAUCCGAGGCCCUUAAGUCCCUUCCAUGUCCCUUCCGCAGCUCUUCUUCAUAUUCACCUUCCACUCGUGGGAACUCCAGCUUGGUAAUGUUUUUGACCCUUUUCAACAAAUCAGCCCCUUUUCCAUAGUCCCGACUAAACUCCAUGUAGUAUUUAAAAACAUGUUUCAGAAUCCCUCCAAAAUUGAGAGCCCCUACAGCUCCAAACAUCUCACGGCCCAUUGCCAGACUCGGAAAGUCCAAACAUCCCUGCAUAGGGGGGUCUACCCAACCCCCCAUUUCCAAAUCAGUCCAAACUUUAUCUUUCCUAAUCUGGCUUUUCCCAAGUUCAUUUGUCAAAUCCAAAAGCUCAUGUUCCUGCUGGGCCGCAGCUCCCUCCAUCUCUGGCGCCCAAGAUCCCGCAACAUCCUCUUCUCUCAUCUGUUCUGUCAGGGCACACUCCUGAUUUAAUUCCUGGGUGGGCUCCAUAUAGUUUCCCACUGCCUGUUCAAAAAUUCUGACCGCAUUAGUCAUCAAAUCAGUCUUCUCAGUUAACUGUUCCAGUAGAGCAUUUAUUUUACAGAGAGCACACAACAGAGCUUCUGAAUACAUUGUCCUUCAAGGUCACAAGCCUUUUCCCACGAUUGUAAUUUGUGACAGCUGCAAGCUCCCUGGAAUUAGUUACAGUUUCCCAGUCUCCCUAUAGGGGGAAAACAUCUAAUUGUUCUUGCAACAAAGUUUAUUUUUUGAGAUAUUUUGUCAAUAUUUGUUUCUUUAAAAUGCGAAAGGAAACAUUGGAAUCACUAUGUUUCUCUUCUUUUAGCUAUCUGUCAAAAACGUUUGUCUCUGUUCAAUGAGCUUCAAACGUCAGUCCUGACACCCCUCUCCAGGAUCAGGACGGUGGAAAGUUACUUUACUUUAAACUCACUUCUGCAGGUUUAAACAGUCCGAAAAAGAUCCCCCUUCUUCUCCUGCUGCUGAAGGGGGGUUCGAGGAUUUUAAAUGAUGAAAGCCGAUCCUUUAGAAGCGAUUUUCUGAGCUCUAGUUUACGUUGUCUUUGCUUUAUUCUGUCUACAAAGAAACGGAAGGCUGACUUCCUGUUUAGACCUUCCCGUUUCAGUACCAAAUUGAAGUAAAUUUUUAAAUCCAAUUCCUUUCUGCUCGCAAAUCCUUAUUUAAAGUCCAAUUUGUUCAAAGUUUAAGUACUCACGGGUGCUUAUUUUAGAAGCCAAAUUGUCCCAGGAAAAAGGCAGCGCUCUCCGGCAACGGCUAUGCGGCUUCGCUCCACGGAAAUAGCAGUUGACUCACAGCACUGCGCCGCUUCCCCCUCUUCGCUUCGGAGCCCGUUAGUGGGUUCCUUUGCGGGUUGGGGGGGCGCUAAGGGUGCCCGCCGAGUCCCAUGGUCACAGGCUUCAUCCGCCUGUGAUUUUUAAAAGGGUCCCCGCUUCGCCGUAGCGGAAAAGACCCGUUUCGCGCGGAGCUAGUCCCUCCAGUUCAGAGGGAGUCCGCCAUUGCUGAUGGCGCCACCCCGGAAGUUAUCCCACCUAUUUCUGUCCUUUACUAGAUAAUACUGAUCUCAGAAAUAUCAAGAUUAUAUGGUGUUUUUUCUGGGACAGAUCCCUCAGAGCUCCUGGUACUGUAGUUAUGCAGCCACCCCCUUUUUUUAUCCCACUGACCUCCAUUCCCAGCAUAGUCCCCUUCACCUGUUUUGGGCUUCUUGGAAACUUCACCUGUGCCUUCUAGAAUGGUAUCCUGAGUUUCCUUGCUGUCCUUUCACAUUUCCACACAUUUCCACUGACUGUGCCACCGCCAUUGCUCCCAGUCUAGCAUAUAGUCUGCUUGGAAACUAUAAUGAGAUAUAUGGGAUUAAAGUUGGGCUGGGAGGGGAUCUGAUAAGCUGAACCAAAACCACAAAGGGAGGGGGAAGUGUGAUAAUGUCCUGAGUAACAGAGGGUACAGAUGACAUGUGGCAAUCAGAUAUGCAAAAUGAUAACUUGCGUCAAUCUGUACUUUUGCCUAAAACCAGCCCAGGGUUGCCAAUGUGGUGCCAGAUGUUGUGGACUACAUCUCUCAUCUUCCCUAACCCCAAUGGCCAUGCUGACUGGAGUGGAUGGGAGUUGGAAUCAACAACAGCUGGAUGGUACCAGGCUGGGUAUCCCUGCUCUAUCUAGAAGGUGGUCUGAAAAUGGAACAGUCCUGCCCAUGUAUUAGCAUCUCGAGAUGAGGCUCUUCUUCAUUUGUGUUUGUUGGGUAAACUUUGCUAUGUGUCAAUGAGGAAUAAAACCUUUUUGUUGGCGUCUCCAUCUGUGGAAUUCCUUUCUCAAAGGAAUCUGACUGGUUACAGAGGAAUCUGUAACCAAUGUUACAAUCAUGUUACAGCUAUUUCAGUGCCAGGCCAUUUAUUUGUCCAGCUUUCUUUUUGUUUGUUUGGUUUGAAGUUUAGUUUCCAGUCCUCUCUGCCUGAUUUUAGUGUGCUUUUAUUUAUUAUAGUAAUGUAUUAUCUGUUACUGUAUUAUACUAAAUAUUUGGGUGCUCAGUAACAUUCAGAAAGAAUUGAAAAAAACAUUCCUGUUCACCCAAGCGUUUAACGGCUGUAAGAUGCUGUUUCUGGCAGUGUUGAAAUUAUUAGCUGUAAGGAUAUGUGACUGUUUUAUUUUGUUUUUAAUUGCAUUGUUUUGUUGGUUGCUGGGAGGGAGGGCAAGAUAGGAAUUUUAUUAAUAUGGAUGAUACUUUCAAGUGAAAUAGCCAUACACAGUAGAAUAUGAAUUCUGCUUGGAGGAACUUGUUCCUGAAGUUCUUUUUCAAUGAAGCCUGCUCCCAAGUAUUAUCUGUUUUUAUCUUAUUUUCUUACAUUUACAUCCCAUCUUCCUUCCAUCAGGGCAUCCAAGGAGAUGUACACAUGGUUCCCAGUAACUGACCCAUCUAGGCACCAACCAGACCCAGAUGAUGUUUAGCUUUUGUAAAGUAAUAACCUCAAGUGCCUUCAAGGCAUGUCCUAGGACAACAGUUUGUAUUGUGCAGAGGAAGUGUACCCAAGACUGUUGUCCAGGGUGCUGAUAGAUGGACUUUUAAACUCUGGCAACUAUAGUUAGAUUAUUUCCAUUUUUUAAUUUAUUGAGGCUCCGUUUCAUGUCGGUUAUAAUCCCAGUUCCAUAUAUUAUUAUAGUCAGUGGUUUACAGCAUCUCUGUUGUGGAACACUUUGAUUCUGUAAACUUCACAUUUUGGGUGCCUGUGUUUUCAAAUUGUGUGUGUAUCUUCAUUUCAGAGCCCAGAAGAAAUGGAAGCAGAUAAAGUGGAAGCAGAUUUGAAGGAGAGGGAAGGGCAAAAAAGAAGUGAAAUUCUGUUCUUACUACCAUCAUAAGGGAAACAAAAGUGAAAAUUCAGAUGAUACGGUUAUCAAGGAAUUAAACUGCAGAUGCAAAGGUGACAAAAUUUAACACUCAAAAAGCAGGAAGUACAGAGAGGCUAAAACAUACGUAUUAAAAAUAUGUAAACAAGG